GCUGCGGGGCUGAGGCGCCGUGGCAGCAGAUCACCUACAAGCAGGCGCUGCUGGGCCCGUCUAAGCGGGAGGCAACCAUGCAGAAGAAGCUGGACGCCAUGCGGGAAGAGCUCAGGGCAAUCAGGAAUGGCAAGCAGGAAAAGCCCGCAGACGAGGAACCGCAGGUGGACUUGGCGCAGCUCUUCAAGCGGGUCGCACUCGAGAAGUACCAGACGGCGCGUGCGGAGAAGGACAGCACGAAGCCGCCUGCGGUGCAGCUCACGCAGGCGCGCUACGCCACGGAGAAGCUCGAGAAGCGGAUGGAGGACGCCAAAGCAAGGCUCGAGAAGAAGCAGGAGCAAUUGGAGAUCCCCAGUGCUAAGGAGCAGGAGCUGAAGGUGCAGGGCGGGGUCAGCGAAUCCCCAGCCUUCCUCAGGGCCACGCAGAAGCAGUUCGAGGGUGCGGUCGAAGGCAACGGCAUCAGUAAGCAGGAUUCUGAGCAGGUCUUCGCGGUGCUGGGUAAGGUCCUGGCCCAUGCAAGCAGGAACACAUGGAUAUGGACGUGGGGAGUCCCAGUGAUCCACCUCAUGCUCGUGUUGCAGGGCGAGGCGCAGCAACGCCACCAGCAGCAACAGCACACGACGGGCCAAAGCUCACUGCUGAAGAACAAGAAUGGCUCAGAGCAGGAAGAGUAUCAGACGAGGCCACACCUGGACAGCGAAGGUCAUGGUUGGCGGUGUGCGCCAGCCUGGCCCAGCAAACAGCAAAGAAGUAUAAGCGUUCCUGACGAGCGAGUCGGGCAGCCCAAGCAUGACACGGUCACGUCGUGGACGUAUGCGGGCUCGGGCUGGGGCACGAUAAAGGAGAAAAUCAUGGAGGAGUUGCAAGGGCUGCUGUGCUUCGCAGCGCAGGGGCACCACCUGACCACGGACAAGUUGGCGGUGGCCACGCAGAGCAUGAGGGUGCAGGGUCACCACAUGGGCGCAUCGGCGGGCGUGUCUCUUGCAGUGCCAAAGCGAGUAGUGGGCAUGGCCUACUUGUGCGGCAAGGACGUCUGGGACAUAUCGUCGAAAGGCAGCCCGGGUAGGGCCGCAGCGGCGGGGCCGUCGAUCUGGAAGGGCGCGGUGUUCGCCGCUGUGUACUUGUGGACGGCCGAGGGCGUGGCGUAUAGGAACGCGCAGCUCAUUACGCGCGUGACUGGGAAGCUGCAGAGCCUGGGGGUAUGGUGGGUCAUCGGGGGUGACUUCCAGGUUGCGCCUGAGGUGAUGGCGGAGGUCGAGAGUGUGAAGGUCGCCAAGGCAAUGGUGGUGGCGCCCAACGCGAGCUGCGGCAGGCACGCCUACUGGAAUAGCGAGAUCGAUUACUUCUUGGCGGCAGACUCGGUGCAGGCGCCGGUCCAGCACAUAGAGGUGCAGGAAUCUUGGCCAGCGGCGCCGCGCGAGCCAGUCGGGCUCACGAUCGAGCUUAAGGCCCUGGAGCGCAAGGUCAGAGUGCUGGAGAAGCCCAAGGCGCUACGAGAGAUGCAGAUAGGACGCGUGCCCGCACCCGCGAGAUACGACCUGGUACAGGAGUUCAAGACGCAGGGGCAGGCCAACAAAGCGCGGGCCAAGUAUGCGCGGGUGCUGGAGCAGGAGGCGUUCCAAGUCAGGGGCGCGCAGUGGUCGAAGGGCGACCAGCGCGCGGGGCGGGCAGGGGGGCCGAAGUGGAGGACCAAGCCGUUCAAUUUCGGAGGCGAGAACGAUUCCGCGGCAGCGAGGGAGGAGAAGUUGUUCCAGGCCAGGCCAAGGCGCAUGAAGUACACCAGCGCUGAGGAGCAGGGUAUAUGGCAGGCGCGCUGCGACAUGAUAGCAGCUGGGUUGCUGCGCAGAGGGGGCCAGGAAGCAAAGUUCCAGAGCUGGGUGCUGGAGGCGGAGUGCCAGAUGCAGGCGGUAGACCAGGGGCUGCUGCGGGACAGCAAGGCGAAGUGGGCUGAUGAGCUGGAGGUAGCAGCAGGAGCAGCAGGAGGCUCAGGCAGGCUCAGCAAGCCAGCUACAGCGUGGAGGCCCAGGCGCGCAGAUACCACGGAGAAGGCAGCAGACCCGCUGGUAGCGGCGGAGUACACCUUGAAGGGGUGGAAGGUCGUCUGGAGGGUCGGGGAGAAGAUGCAGGAGGAGCCGAGGCCAUGGGCAGUGGGGCCCAGGCAGGAGCUUGAAGCUUUCAAGGAUGAAGAUGUGGAUAGGCGAACCAGAGGAGCUGGGGCUGAACGGUUCACGAGCUACGGGAAGGAAGCUGGGGACGCGGCGUGGGAUGUAUUACUCGGCCAUGAGAUGGACGAUUCCGACACCGAGAGUGAGUUGGAGGCCACCAUCACAGCGGCGCUGGACUUGGCGGGCAAGCAGCUGAACUUCAACGCGGGAGUGCUGGCGGUGGUGCGCUUGUAUUUCGCGAUGGCAAGGGGGCUGAUAGUGGGUGGCUCAGUGUCCAGCGAGACCAGCACAGUGACCACGACCAUCGCAGGCAGCAAGUUCUCUGCGUGCUCCCUGAAGAUGGUCAUCCGGUCGACGGCGGAUGGCCUUGUGGUGGAGAGGCUGCGCGUUAAGUGGCGUAUGUUUGCGGACGACCUAGGAGGACGGGGCGCCAAGAGCCCGACGCUGCAGCUGGCCCUGGCAGGCGAGGGGCCCACACUAGAGGUCACGGAGGUGCCCAUCAUCCGCUGGGCGAGGGAUGUCCGGCAAACGGCGCAGACCCACGAGGUGAACCAGCAGUGGGGCAGCGCGGAGACCGCGGCGAUGAAGGAAGGUGUGUCCGACGGAUGCGGCGGCGAUGCUGCGAAAAGGACGCGCAGCGACAGCUGGGCCAAGGCGGGGGAGUUCGCGGGCUUGCGACCCGCGCCAACGGCGGCGCCUGCGUUGGCAUUGUUGAAGGCGCGCGACAUCCCAAAGCACGCCGGGAACGCAGCGAAGGAGGCUAUUGUGAGCGGGAGAUGGACAGUGAGCAAUUUGAGUUGGUGCAGCAUUGCGCCGACGGACAUAUGCACGGCCUGCGGCUUGGCGGGGGGCACCUCACACCGCGGGCGCUAUAAGUGUACAGCGUUGCGGGGGAUACGCUUGAAGGCCCAGCUUGAAUUGCAGACGGUGGCGGGGCACCAGGAGAACAACCUACUCUGGGCGAGAGGGCUGGUGAGGCACCCAGAGGCGGACUGGACGUUCAUUGGGGUGGACGAGGGCCAAUGCAUGUGCCUGGUGGUGGGGGAAGGCGAGGGCCACUUCACGGGGGACGUCGUGUGCGAUGGCUCUAUACUAGGAUGCAGUGAAUGGGCCCAGACAGGAUGGGCGGCGAUGUCGGUGAACGAUGCGGGUAAGCCCAUGUACCAGGUGUGGGGGCCAUUGCCGUGCACGCUCCCAGUGCAUCGGCAAGCCAACAGAGCAGAUAUUUGGGCCUUCUACAAAGUACUGGAGCAUAACUUGGGUGACGGCAGCAUGUACACGGAUCACAAGGAUAUCAUAGAGGGACUGCAACAAGGGCGAAAGAUGCUAAUCUGUUACAGGAUCAACGACGCGGCCCUGGAUGUCAGCGAGGUGCUUCGCGUCAGGGCGCACAUGUCCAGGUCCAGGAUCGAGUCGCUGGAAAGAGACGGGCACGAGAUCGCACAGGACAAUGCCGAGGUGGACCCGCGAGCCAAAGUUGGGGCAGAGCUGGGCGCCAGCUUCGGGAAGCAUCAGGCUGUGGAGGACCUUGCCUGCCGAGUGCGAUGGGCGUUGCAGAACAUAGGGUGGUGGCAUCAGCAUGUGGCUGGGGAGUGGCCAGACGUGCCGAAGCGCGAAGAAGGGCGGCCAGUGCGCAAGGUGGUCAAGCCGCAGAUAGCGCUCAGCAGGUACCACGUCGAGGUAUUGAACGGUCGGGUGGCAUGCCUGAGAUGCGGUCGAUGGGCGGCGGCAAAGAGGAUGAAUAAGAAGAAGCUGCGGGAGUCCGAGCGCCAGGUGCCGCU